UCACCAAAAAUAGUAGCAGGAAAAAAUGAAACAUAAUAUCGAUGACCUACAAUUAGCACUUGCACAAUUAGAAGGAGCUCUACGUACUUUACCACGUGACGAUUUGCAAACCAUGUUAAGCUCACUGGCGACUAUACUCGCUGAUUUGCGGUAUUAUUGCCAGGAAGCUAGAAGAAUUAACAAUGAAUUGAACCGUAUCCCGCAAGACAUGGAAGUAAAGUAUCUUCAAAACUCAAUUGGCGAUGUACGGAAAAAUCUAGCUCUAUUGUUAUCGCAAGCCGAAAAAAUACAAAUAAAACUUGAAGAAACUCGUGAAUCACAAGCAAAACGGAAACAAGAAAUAGAAGCUCAUCAACUUUCUUUCGAGGAAAUCGAAGCCUGGAUAAAACAUGUUUUAUCAAUGAUAAAUGACGGCAACGCUACCUAUAAUCAUCAGGUAAUGAAAGAAGAAGUUUCUUCCCGGCUACAGCAUCUUACUGAACUGGAAUCCAUACCCGAAAUUUGUGAUCAAGUUGAAAAACUGAAGGCAGAUCUUCUUGAAGUCGAAAACCUGAUAGACAAGCAACAGCUAAUGCUACAAGAAAAUGAGCCAAAGGCUCAAAUCACAGCAUCGGACAGUAUCGACGCCGCGCUAGAACAGUGCGCGUCAAAUAUUUCUUCUCCGAACCAUUCAUCACCCUCGUUAGCAGAUGUAUCUUUGCAAACUGGCCUCAGUUUAAUUCAAGACGACGAACUGUCCGGCGAAGCAGUUCUUGACGCGAACAAGAGAGAAAUUGAUCCCUCCGUAUCCAUAUGUCAACCAGUAAAUAGUGAAAACUUUACGAUCGAUACUCAAACUAUCGAAAAUCCACAUGCACAAGAGUCAAUUAAAGUCGUUAAGAGCUCCGACGGUAAGCAUGAAAUAAUAGAAAUCGCCACUAAAAAUAUUUCUGUACCCGUAGUUCAAGAUCACGAUCAUCAUGAGCUUAGCGUCGCGAAUCCCGACGAUAUUAUCGUUGAUAUGAGAUAUCAAGAUGCUUUGCAACAAGAAAACGUUACAUCAGAGCUAAAUAUACAACACGCCACCCCUCAGUCGUUUGAAACAGUACUCAUGGAACCAGACGACGUUACCACGGAAGUCGUUGUCGACAGUGACGGAACGAAGCGCAUAAUCGUCCGCAGGCUUCGUAGGACGCUCGUAACGAACCGGCAAACGUUGCAGCAACAUGUUGCCGAACUUUCGUCGACGGUCGGCGACGGGCCACCGGUGAUUCAAGCAUUUUCUGAGGCCACCAUGAAGGGCCAGCAACUGACUGUUACAAAAACAAAAUCGGAUGGCACGAUCGAAAUGGCUACGAAACAAACUUACGGUGGUAAAGUUACCACUGGAACACCGGGUGAUCAGAUGAAUGUCGAAGAGUACGAGACUACGCCUCAAUUUACGCAGCGAAUAAUCCAUGGCGGCGAUUUGGCUGCAUUCAGUCCACAGCCAGCUGAUAUAAGCGAGGCACUUAUGGAGGAUGGAGAAUAUAAAUCUUCGUCUUCCACCGUUCAUGCAGUAGUGCAGCAAGUGUCGAGAAAAAUCAUUAGAAAAACGCGUCGGAUUAUACGAAAAGUUACCAUAAUUGAUGGAAAAGAGGUGAUGAGUGAAGAGAUCGUUGAAGAUCCUGAAGAAGUAGAAAUAAACGAGCAGGAUAUACCACACAUUAGUAUAAAUGUUAUAAAAACUGACGAUCAAGGUAAGUUUGAAAGUGUUUAUAAGAAAAUCGAUGGCCAGCCGUUAGAAAAGGAACAUGUAGUAAAAGUGCAAGUGGAUACACAAACAUCAUCUUCGCUACCUUCGACCUCGAGCAAAAAUCAGAAGCAAGGAACUCAUAUAUUGAAUCAAGAUGUAUCAACUGCUGCGAAAAGUAGUCAGCGUAAACCUACAACAUCUUUCACAGAAAAACAUAUUCCAAUACUUAGCUCGACCAUGAGUCUAGAAAAAUCCUCUCCGAAUAUCGAAAACAAAACAGCAGCAAAAUUCACAGUACAAGAUAUUCAAUCUGCUCUGGAAAAGGUGGAAGAAAUACCAAGUUCUCGUGAAAGUUCUUUGAAAUCUGAUAGAACGUAUACAGUCGAUGUUGUUGAUUUUUCUGAACCUAAAGGAAGUUUACACGUUGAAUCUUCUUCCUUAGCACCUCAAUAUCAAACUAAUGAUAAAAAGCAUGAUCAGUCAUUGAAAGAAAAACAUGACUUAGAAUACAAAGCACACGAGAUUCCAGUAGAAGAAACAGAAUCCACGGCUAAAGAUAUGUCGUCGAUUGAUUCAUUAAGUGUCGAAGAUAUUCCACCAUUAAUAAAACCGAUCUGUAAGUUUGAAGACCCAUCUAUUGGUUCACAUACCCAAACACAUGAUAUUGGCCUCGCAGCCGGCACUGUAGAUAUAGAGCCGCACGCUGAUUCUAUUGAUAACCGCACUGUAGAUAUUGGUGACCAUUCUCAGUUAGGUACAACUGAAAUGCUACACCCAACUCAUUCAGUCAGUCAAAAGAAAAUUGAAAAUUUAACACCCCAUAUAAUUAAAACAGAGACAGAUAGUUUCAUACAACGAGAAAGAGAAGGUCACCAAGAGAAUCAAUCAUGUGACGAUAAAAUUAAAGUUAGUGUGAGACCCGAGCCUGUACAUGCGGCCGUAGAAUUGAUUCAAAAAGUGGAUAUCGCUUUAUCGAUUCAUGACAGAGAAAAACCUCGCGAUGGACCGGUAGUUUCAGUGCAAUCUCAUAUAGAACAGCCAAUGGUUAGUGGAAUGAAAAUUCAAGAAGAUAAAGUAAGCAUUAUUUUGCCUCCGACAACGGAAAACGUUGAAGUCAUCAAUGAUAAAAUUACUCAAAUAAGUGAUGUUCAAUCUCCAGUAGUGGGUAAUGUUUUGGAUCUUACGGUUGAAAAAGAAAAUCAAGAAGAGAAACGAAGUGCUGAUAAAAAAUUACUUGAUUCUAAAGCGUUGACUAGUAACAUUCAAAGUGAUAUACCUUCUCAAAGUGCCACCGUAAAAGAUGUUAGUGAAGUCGCUGAGUCAGAUACUAAUUUAAGCCCUCAGGAAGAUCCUGAUGUAAGUGAUGGAUAUGAAGCCGAUCAGAGAACAACCGUUGAUGAAACAUCUCCGGAAUUCCAAAUUGACUUUGGAAAGAAAAAACGAAAAAAGAAGAGAAAACAAAAAGGAAGAAAUGAAGAAGAAAUCGAUUCGCUAAGGAUUUCACCAGACGAAGAAAACCUAACAGAAGUAUUACCAAUAUCAGAAAAUGAGGAUUCAAAAGCAACUAAAAAAUCGUCCAAAAAACGCAAACGAAAGAAAGGCGAUCCAAAUGUUGCUGAUGCUGAUAGUACCCAUGCUGAAUCAUUCGAAGCUUAUGACGUAGAUACUCAGACAAAACCAGGAAUUCAUGAUAUGUCUGUUGGUAGUAGCCUCGAUGAAAUUAAUAUUGAGGUACCUGAUUCUGUCCAAAUACCCGAUACGAAAAACGAUAAAUUAGAACUAGGAGUACAAACUUUGAAAGUCGAAGAAAUUAAUACUGAAAUGCAAACUUCUCCGCGUCCAGGAUUUGAUAUCAUUCAACAAACUGAUGAUCAACCGAGCAUUGAAAAUGUUUCUUCCCAAACGAAAGAGCCAGAGUCUAGAUUGACUGAGAGUAUAGCUAUUCAAACUUCUCCGAGGGAUGAAAACUUGAAAAAAUCAUCUUCCUUAGACAUGGACACUCAAACAUUAACGAUAGAAUUAGAAAAUACAGAAAUUCAGACUGUUUCCCCUGAAAAGAAUAUAGUUGAUGCUCCAGUUCAAACAUCGCGGGAGUUUAUGCUGAACAUCGAACAACAGACGACAGAACCAUUGGAAGAAGAGAAAAUUAUGAUUGAAACCGUGUUACCAACGCAUAGUCCGGAAACAAGUGAAGUCGCUGAAAAAAGCAUGCAAACUAGUGAAGUAAAUUUUGGUCUGUGUUCAGAAACUCGAAAUGCCGAUGUACAAACAUCUGAAAUCGUCGAAGUUAAAGAAUCUUGCACCAAUGAGACACAAACAGUACCGGAAGUUAUAUCUACCGUUGAAAUUGAAUCACAAACCACACCAGAACAAUUGAUUGAAACUGUAAGUCAAACCAGUCCAGUGCAAUUCAUGUUAGAUACUGAACAAGCUGGAAAUGAGUUAGAACCCCUUAAAGAAACAUCUGAACUAUCCAUUCAAACGAACACAGAAGAAAUAAUUCCUACCGCCACAGAAAGUAUUCAACAUGCGUCAGAUACUGCAGAAUUGAGUGUUCAAACCGUUACGACCAAGACCGAAGAUAAACAGAUAAAUGUUAAUUUAAUUGAUGAAAAAUCAGAAUCCGUGCAAGAAAUAGAUUCAGCAGCAGGUAACUCUCAAGAAAAAGAGAACAUUUCUAUAGAAGAAUCUCUUCGUGAAAAAACUCCAGAAACAACAGAAAUGAUACAAUUAAGUACCGUCGAUGCAAAGUCCGAACAAUUUUCAGACUCUGAACCAAUAAUUGAAAAAUCAUCUUAUCAAGAUACUUCUAUAAAACCUUCUGAAACUUCUGAAUUAUCACUUACAUCUAUCGAGUCUACUCCAGAUACAUCGAUUGAAAUACAAGUGCAAGCAACAAUAGAAUUAUGCGAUAGCACCACGUCGGAUUCAACUUUACAAGAGUCAUCAUCGAAAGAAAAAUCAUCCGAAAAAUCUCUUAAAAUUGAUCGUAAGAAGCAAAAGCGGCAGAGAUGUAAAACCGUCGAAAUUCGAGAACCUAUACAAGUCAAUGAAGGUUCGAGUACCGACGACAUUUUCGGAAGUUUACCAACGUCUCCGGAUCAGGAGCCUUCGUCCAUUGAGCCUAUUUAUAUGAAAAUCAUAACCUCUAGUGAAACAGUUAAUUUGAUGGCACCUCAACAACCAGAUCAACAAGAAAAUCAGCCCCAAUCGACAUCAGCAAUGGAAAAUGCAACAAAAGAAGUACUGGGGAAAAUUCAUAAAUCUAAAAUACCGAAGUCCUCUCGUUUAUCAAAUGUCUUGCACAUCUCAGCACUAAAAACGUCGGAGCCAGAGACUUCGUUCGAAAACAAAGCAUCCGUCGUUCACGAAUCGUUGAAUUCAUUGAAAUCUGCGUUGGAUCAACGCGAUAUUAUAAUUAUCGAGCAAACUUUUGUGGUAGUAAUAGAAAGCCUCUCAGAUUGGUUGGAAACUGUUGAAUCGCGAAUAUUCGUAGGUCAGGGAAAUCCGAACGGUCCAUCCCCUGACGAUAGUAAGAACUUUGCUGAACUGAAAGAUGAAGUUAAUUUCAUCGGAACUAGAAUUCAAGAAUUGAACGAUAUUUCUAACGAUAUAAAAAAUAAUUGCCCGCCCGAAAAAUGCAUCAGUAUGAAACAGUGCAUUCAAGCAUUAGAAAGUCAAGCAAGAACAAUAAUUGAAAUAGCUAACGAAGGCGAGUCUAACGUUAUUUCUGAAUUAGCUCGAUGGGAUACAUUCGUAAAUAAAAUAAAUGAGAUAACAAAGCUUACUCAAGAACUAAAAAACCAUUUGGAUAAUAUCAUUGAUAGCAAUGAACCCAUUCCUUCAAAAUUAAAACAACUAGAAAAAAUAGAACUAUGCAACGAAGAUUAUACAAUGAAAAUUAAAAAUUUAAUUAAUACAGCUCAUGAAUUGUUGAAUGACUAUCCUGGAAAAACGAUACCUCCUGAAAUAAACACGGCUUCAGAAACAGUAGAUUUUAUACGACGCCGAAUUGAAAAUGAAAGAGAAUGCCUUUUGGAGUUAUCGACUAUCCGCGAUGACUACGAACAAUCUUUACGUCAUCUUAUGAAAUGCACGAAAAUGGCAGAGAAAAUGAUUGCCAAUGACACACCUGUUUCAAAUCUAGCUCAUCUCAACGACGAGAUACAAACCUAUCGAAAAUUUUUCACGAGUAUGAAUCAUGCAAAGGCCAUCUUAGAGUCGUUGGCGGACAACUUGGAUCCCGAGACGAGAGAAGCCCAUCGAUCUACUCACGACGAAAUAAUAUUGAGAACAUCAUUGCUGUUAGAUCAAGCAAUGGAUAAAUUACAAAAAAUGCUAUUCGCCGCUUCCAAGUGGACGGUAUUAGAUCAAGGGUUCAAGGAGGAAACCGACUGGCUUCGAGUGGCUCAUCAACGGAUCCCUGAUGUGCACAGCAUGGCAUCCACAGAAGUCGAGCAGUACAUUUUAUUAUACCAAGCUCUCGCUAGCGAUAUUGCCACUCACCACAAUAAAAUAUUCCAAAUUUUCGAAAAUUCUCACGAACUAUUAUCAAUGAUAACAAUUGAAAACAUGGACAAUUGCUAUGAAGAAGCCUACUGUGAUAUAGACAAAUUGAAAAACGAUGUUAAUCAUUCAUUGCGACGUCUGAUAUCGUUUAGGGAAAGUUGGGAUAAUCAAGAAUUGCUCGUUAAUAAGCUCGAGAACUGGAUGGUCAGAGCCGAGCGCGAAUUAUCUAAUGUGAACAAUCCGGUUAGCGGGCAAAUGGCAAGGCUUUGGGAAAUCGAAGCGCAAUACGGAAUGCACGAUAACGUACGCAAAGAAGCGCGCAACUCCUUCGAGGAGGCCAUGCAAUUAAUUCCAGUGUCCGAUGAAUUGCUGCAACGUCAAUUCUACGGUGAUAUGCAACAACGCUGGAACAAAAUAACGAACGAACUGCAAGGUAUUCGCGACUCACUGAAAAGUAAAAUGUCGUCCGAGGAUCUAACGCUGAAAGAAAAGCUCAGUUUGAUCGACAAAGAAAUACAAGAGAUCCAAGGCAUCGUCCACAAUCUCCACGGGGUGAUAAAGGUCGAAGAAGAGCUCGACUUGUACACCGAAAGGCUCUCGGUUUUGUACGAUCGAAUUCGCUAUUUGCAGGACGAGCUAGGCAAACUAGGCCUGCUAUCGCCAGCGGACAGCGAACGCGUCGGUGGUCUCAUUGGUCGCGGCCGCCAGCUCGAGCUCGAGCUCGGCAAAGAGCUGCAAAACUCUCGAGUGCUUCGCGAUCGUUUGAGGGCACUCAAGCGAGCCAUCGAACGCAUUCGCAAGAAGCACUCGAGUCAGACCGAGGUGCUGGACCAAUGCGAGGCCAGCGAGAAGGAAUCCAGCGAGUGCGUGGCCACGGCCAUCAAGAGCUGCGAAAAAGUCGCCGAGGACCUGAAGAAGAUCUGGCCGGACAUCAUGGCGGCCCGGGGCGAGCUCCACUCUCUGCCGACCAACAUGCGGGUGUCGAUGUCGCCCCAGAAGAUGGAGCGAGCCGUCAGCGGACUCUUCGACAAGCACGACUCGCUGAACUCGAGGUGCAGACAACUGCUCGAGCGGCUGAACGACAAACUGGCUCUGUGGAGGAGGUUCGAGAAGCAGGUGGAGGCUGUGCAGAAGUCCGUCGCCGAGACCGAUUGUAUGAUGGAACUGAUCGAGGUCGAAGGCAAAGUCGAUUACGACAGAUUGCUCAAAGCCACGGAAAGGCUCGAGAAUCUCAACUGCAGCUUCUUGACGCGCGAGCAGCUGAUCAAUGAGUUGAAGGCCGCGGCGGAACCACUGCGCGCCUCGUGCAGCGACCAGGUGGGCCAGCGCGUCGAUGCCGUGGUCAACGAGACGGUGCAAUCCUGGGAGGAGACGAAGCACGAGCUCGGCGACCUCUGCGAUCGGUACCAGCGCGCCGUGAGGCUCUGGGAGCGCUAUCGCGACGCCAGCGCGGCCAUCAACGACUGGGUCGACGAGCAGAUGAGCGGCGCCGACGGCGUCGCGGCGGCCAACAGCAAACUGCCGCCCGAGCAGGCGAUUCAACAAGUCAAGCUGUGCGAGGACACUCUGGCAGAACACAAAGAGCGGCUGGUCGAGCUACGGGGCCUCGUUGCUCAGAUUGCCUCGGACGUCGGUUUGGAUGCCAGCGAUCAAUUGCAGACCGAUGUCGAAGCCCUCGGGAGAAGACUCGACGAUGUCAAAGACAGUCUGUCGAGCAUCGCGGAUACGGCAGAUUCGAGGGCCUUCAAGCAGGAGAUGACGCGCAAUGAUCUCUACCAAACCAAGAGUUUUCUCGAUUCCGUUCAUGAGAGCGUAUCGACGGUCGGCGUCGGCGAGUCGAAGGAGCAAUUGAAGCUUCUGCAAAAUCAUCUGCUCGCCUUGACGAGAACCGAGACGCAGAUACAGUCGAUCAAGGAGCGGGCCUUCGACAACGUAAAACCGCACGACCCGUCGAUCGUGGAAGUUCUGCAGCUCUGGCAGAGCGUGUUCCGCGAGACCUUCCAGCAGUAUCACCGGCUGUCGGCGCGUCUCGUUAGAUCUCAGGAUGUCGCGGCGGCUCUGCGACUCUGGCAGGAGUACCUGCGACACGUUCAGGACUUUUUGUCGUCGACGCUGCCGGGCGACUACAACGGGCUCGCGGAGGACCGCAGCCUGUGCGAGGUGCACGAGAACCUGCUGAACGACCAGCAGCGCCUCAUCGACAUGGUGCGCGCCGAGGAGGAUCACGGCGACCUCAGCCUCGCCGAGCAGUUCAGCAUCCUCACGAAUCUGCACAACGAGAGUCUGGCUCGCAUCGUCAAUCGCCACUCGACCGUCCAGGAGCGGAUCGCCGCUUGGGAGAAGUACAGGCAGGACCAGCAUCGAAUGCUCGACUGGCUGAAGGAGAUCGACCGCGAGAAGAGCAACCUGCAGCUGAGAUUCAUCCGCGCGCGAGGAGUCGACAAGAUACUCAAGCGAAUCGACGCUCUGCUGGAGCGCAUGCCGGCGGGUGCGUCGCUCUUCGACAGUCUGCUCAGCCAGCAGGAGUACCUGCUCGCGAACGUCGACGAGGCCCUGGCGGUCUCCGUGCGAAUGGAGUACGCGGCCAACGGCCAGCGACUUUCCAGUACGCGAGCUGGUCUCGAAACGUGGAAGGACUUCGUUCUCAAGAUCAAGGGCCUGAACGACCAGCACAGCCAGCAGACGGCCAGAAUGACCGACCUGUUCCGAGAGCUGGGCCAGGCGAUCGGCGCUAUUUCGGCGACGGAUCGCCGCAGUCUGGCCGAGACCCGACGCCUCAUCGCGUCCCUGCAAGAGCACAAGAUCGCGUUGGUCAACGCCACGAGGGACUUGGACGAGCUCGGUAACACGACCAAGCAGCUCCGCGAGUUCCUCAGUCCGGUGGACAUGAAGAGUCUGAAUCAGCAGGGCUACCUGCUUUGGCAGAGGCACGGAGAGCUCGAACACCAGCUCGCUCUGCUCUCGUACAAAUUGAACGAGCGCUGCGGUCUGCAGAGCAGAUGGGAGAGCCGAGCGGACCGACUGCUGCUGUGGAUCGUCGACACCGAGGCGCGCAUCCGCUGCUUCGACGCCAAUCACGAGCCCGAGGAGGCCCUCGAGAGGCUCGAGACCGAGAUCCAAGCGGACAUGGCUCUGAAGCAGCGAGAGCUCGACUGGAUCCAGAGCAACGGGGCCGAACUGCUGAAGACCAGCGACUCGGAGGACCGGGGCAAGAUCCAAAAGUCCCUGGACGAUGUCACCGACAGGUGGAACAAGCUGCUCGUGGCCGGCAAAGCGAGGGCCAGCAAGAUCAUCGAGCUCAUGCAGACCAUGAGCGGCCUGCUGAAGAAGCUCGACGAGAGCAGAGCUUGGCUGAGCAGCAUCGAGGAGCAGCUCUCGGAGGCCUACACGAUCGAGUCGGCCAGCUCGGUGGCGAUCGAGAAGAAGCUGCGCGACCACGAGCAGCUGCAGAAGAGCAUCGAGGCGAGAAGCGGCAACAUCGGCGAGGUCCUGAAUCUCUGCGAAAUGUUGCUUAACGAUUGCGACGCCUGGAAGGCCUCCUUCAGCACCGACUCGAUCAGAAACAACAUGGAUGCGCUGAGCAAACGUUGGAAAGAGAUUUGCAUCAAAUCGACCGAACGCAAACGCAAGAUCAAUCUCAUCGGCAAGCUGUUCGCUGAGCUCGAGUCCGUCAGAACCGAGCAGGAGGAAUGGAUAAUCGGCAUCGAGAGGGACCUGACGGAGCUGGAGAGCAGCUUGAGCCACAUGUCCAAGGACGACACGGACAAGGCUCUGGAGCAGGUGCAGCGUAAGCUCGUGGACGUUCAGGCGCACGAGCCCGCGCUCCAGAUCCUCGAGCAGUGCUACAGCAAGCUGGCCAAGACCGGCCUCGAGCUGAACAAUCUGAAGGCUCUGACCGGUGAGGCGCGCGACCUCAUCGACCGGUGGCACGCGCUACCGCCGCGAAUCAACGCCGUGAUCGCGGCCCUCGAGAAGGACCAGAGGACCUAUCGGGAAUUCGUGUCCGCGCACGGCGCGGCCGUGAUCGGACUCACCAAGGUCGACGUGAUGCUGACGCAGCUGCAGCACCUGAGCCCCGAGCCCGAGAGCACGCCGCGCAGGCUGCUCCAGCGGCUGGACGGCGUCGAGGCCGAGCUGAAUCGCCAGGCGAGCACGCUGAGACGGGCCGACGAGCUGGGCCUGCGGCUGAUGCGCGAGAGCAGCCCCGAGGACGUGGCCGCCAUCCAGUACCAGAUCGACGAGUACCAGCAGCUUUGGCGCAACGUCAAGGAUCGCAUCGACGGCCUGCGCAAGAACGUCGACGCGAUGGAGCAGCAGAAGCGAGAGGUCGACGAGGCCGUCCAGGUGGAGACGCUCAAGUUCGAGCGAGACACCGCGGUACAGGUGAACACGCUACCCAAAGUCACGCGGAUGACCUCCUUCGACGCCUAUCUGAUCGAGCUGGAAGCGGCCGUGAGCGAGUGCAAGUCGUCGAUGGAGGCGCUCGCGGCGAGCAUCCAGGCCGAGCCGAUGCCCGGUACUGGCCUGUCGACGACAGCGAGGACCAUCGCCAAACAAAUAGGCAGCUGCCAGUCGUCGAUAGAACUCGUCAAACAUUUGCACGACUUGCUAUCCGACGAAGAUAACGUAGCCAAAUCAAACGAAGUGGUGGAGCUGACUAGCCGCUGCCAAGACCUCAUUCAACGAGCGCGAGCUAGGGAACAACAAAUUCGACAACUCAAGUCUCCCCUGGCUGGUCCAUUUUGCUUUCGUUGCGAUCACGAUGGAGGUCGUCUGACGUGUCCUCUGUGCUCUCAUCGUAACUGGGCCCAACUGGACAACGAUUUGUGGCGAUUGGAAAAGUGGCUCGAGUUCGCCGAAGGAACGCAAAGCGAGCAGCAUACCCCGCCCGCCGACAUCGAGAUCCUCGAGGACGUAGUGCAAGACCAUCACGAGUUCCUGCUCGAUCUCGACAGCCACAAGAGCAUAAUCGUCAGUCUGAACAUCGUCGGCUCUCAUCUGGCCGAUCACACCGAGGACACGGACAGAGCCACCGAGCUCAGGGACAGAUUGGCCUGCGCCAAUGUGCGCUGGGACAAGGUCUGCCACGACGCGGCCUCCUGGCAAAACGCGUUGCAAAUAGCCCUCAUGGGCAAUCAGCAGUUCCACCAGAUAAUCGAGGAGCUGCUGGCCUGGCUGACGAAGACGGACGAAGCGGUCAGAGCCAUAGAACCGAUCGAUCUGUCCGAAGGUGACCAAGUUCUCAGAGCGAAAUAUGACAAAUUCAAAGAGCUGCAAAGCGAUCUGGAACGCUGCGAGCCACGAGUAUUGUCGCUUCAAGAGUCGGCGAAUCAUUUGCUGGAAGAAAGUUCGGAAACUCGGGUGAAGCUUCAAGUAUUAAAAUUGAGACUGCAAUCGCUCAGGCGACUCACGACUAUGUACGUCUUGAAACUUGGAUCGGCUCUAGGCCUCGAUCCGAGCGAAAUCGGACUCGCUACAGUGACUACGUCGUUGGCGUUGCUCUCCAGGAACCUACUGGACGGCGCAACCACUGGAACCACUGAUAUUCACGGCACUAACGCAAAUGCUGACGAUGGCGAACCUACGGUGCUGGCCCGUGGCUACCACUUCAUCGGACGAGUAUUACGCGCGUCGUUGCCUAUACAGGCGGUGAUGCUGCUGCUGCUCGGGGCGGCCUCGAUGGUGCCGUCGGUCGACGACGACUACAGCUGCAUGAUCUCACGCAGUCUCACGCCUCUGGUUCGCUAUCCCAAUGGACCUCCGCCCAUAUAA